AUGCAACCGGAGUCUGUGAACGCGACCGGGCAGCCCAGAGGACCACUCACCUGGGGACAAAUCAACUUCAUUCAUACAAGCGAUAGCCAUGGAUGGCUGGAAGGGCAUAUCAAGGAACGCAACUAUGGUGCUGACUGGGGCGACUUUGUGUCUUUCACAAAACACAUGCGAGACAAGGCAGAUCAGCAGAACGUCGAUCUUCUGUUGAUUGAUACGGGUGACCUGCACGAUGGCAAUGGUCUGAGUGAUGCAACUUCGCCCAACGGAGAAGUCACGAACCCGAUUUUCGAAAACAUUGACUACGAUAUUCUGACGCCCGGUAACCACGAGCUUAUUGCCGUCGACGUUGCAUACGAGACAUUCACCAAGUUUGCCAAGGUCUACGGUGACAAAUACUUGACGAGCAACCUGGAUAUCUGUACGAAUUGUGAAAAUGGGCAACCUGCCACGAAGGAAUGGGCAUCGAUGGGCAAGAGAUCGCGACACUUCACAACAAAACAAGGAAUCCGGAUUAUGGCAUUUGGAGUGAUACUCGAUGGGACGAACAACAACAAAGACAUGACCAGAAUUCAACCCGCUGCUGAAAUGAUCAACGAGACUUGGUUCCAAGAUGACAUCAAGCGCGACGACAUUGAUCUUUUCGUUCUCAUUGGGCAUAAUCCCGUGAAGCCUGGAAUCCUCAAGAGCGAAAGCAGCUUUCCCCUUCUAAUGGACACAAUCCGCAAAGCACGUCCUAGCAUUCCAGUUCAAGGAUUUGGAGGCCACACGCACCGCCGAGACUUCCACAUUUAUGACUCCAUGUCCUCCGCCAUAGAAUCCGGCAAAUACUGCGAUACCGUAGGAUGGAUUUCUUUGGAUGACAUCAAGGCAAAAUCGGUAGAGAACAUAUCUGACAUUCCUGAGAACAAAACACCAUCCUUGAGUGAAAAGGUCAUUUCCGUCUCUGACAACUCGUCUUGUGCAAAGACCAAAUCAUUCGACAUGAAGUUGUCACGUCGCUAUCUGGACUGGAAUCGAAUCACUUUUGCAUAUCAUGCAACAGGAUCACAGAACACGUUGAACACAGCUAACGGUCUUAGCGUAUUCAACGAUAUUGCGGACGCUCGCAAGGAUCUCAACCUCACUUAUGUAUAUGGAUGUGCGCCACAAUCUUACUGCAUAUCAUGCAGGCCAUUUGGUGAUGACGGAAAUAUCUAUACUUUGGUACAAACUGCUGCUGCGGCAACUGUCGUUAAUGAAGACCGUGCCGAAAAUUCAAGGAUGAUCAUUGUCAACCAGGGCGCGAUCCGCUAUGACCUAGUUAAGGGUCCUUUUACGUUGGAUGACUCUUACAUCGUCUGUCCGUACACAAAUACAUUCCGAUAUAUUGCCGAUGUCCCGUACUCAUUGGCUUCCAAUGUUAUUGAUCUCAUCAAUAAGGCAAAGUCUAACUCAACACCCAAGCGUUCAAUGACCAUCGAUACCGUAUCUAGUGCCAUGCUGGGCUACGAUGAAUGCGACAAUGCUUCACCUUUCAACACAGCUGAACUUCUCAAGCCCAAAUCUCUUUUCCGUCGUGUACUCGAUGCACCCGCCCCGUCCCCGGGCUAUACAACAUGCGAUGAUCUUGGUAAUGAUGGCGAUGAUACCUUGCACUCUGAGAUUCCAGAAUAUGAGCAACCGCCUCAUGUACAAGCUACAGCCGGAUUCCCGUCCACUAGAGAUCCAGAAAAAGUGGACGUGGUUUUCUCGGAUUUCCUUGCUGGGCGAAUCAUCACUGCGCUCAACUCUCAGAACCCGGCUACGAACUACACUACCGAUGACACAGCCCUCUAUCUUCCAGAUAAUUUCACGACCAAUGAUUUUAUUCCCCGUUACGCCCAGAUUACCUGGCAAGAUAAUAUCAACGACUGUAAGGUUGAGGAGUAA